UGUGUGUGACACAAGGGAGCUCGUGGGGAGAUUUCCGGCUUCGUCCUGACAUCUGUGGGUUCGUUCUUAAAAGAACCAAAGAACAUUACGACCUAUUAAUUCGACUUCAGUAUAUUGUGUUCCUGGGGAUGAUCCGUUCCGCGUUAACCGGAAGGUUAAGAUCCCACAUCCUGUCCCACAUAAGAGGAUCAUGCCAGCUCACAGGUGGACAGUUGUCUUCGGGUUCAUCCAGGCUCUUACCUCUCCACCAUGGAUGCCAUGCGUUCCUUAAUCCCCAAAUCACAGCUCACAAGAGGUACUCGGAUUUAUCCACACAGAAAUUUGACAUCUUUUACAAAUUCCCUCACAUGAGGCUCCUCCGAGCUGUCUCCAGGCUAAAAUUACUCCAAACCGGCAUCACUGUUGUUAUCCUGCCCCCGGUAUACAUUAUGUACCUCAUGGGAGAAGCCCCUAUAUUUCUUGUCAGUUACUCAACAGGAGUAGCUUUAUUCGCCGGCGUCAUGUUGUACACGGCCAGUUACUUCUUCCAAAGGGUGGUGGGCAUGAUGUACCUGGAUUCCACAAAAAACACUCUCAAAGUGUCCCACUUGACUUUCUGGGGUGGGCGUCAUGACAUUUACAUGCCCGUGUCAGAUGUCAUGACUGUCGGGGACACUGGGGACUCUUUCAAUGAGCGCAUACUAAAACUGAAGCGAUACAGCACUCCUAAGACUUUGUAUUUCUCCACGCAUUUUGGACAGGUGGUGGACAAACAACAAUUUGAGAAGGUAUUUGGAAGUUUAAGGUGAUACUGUUAGCUUAUUGGUACGUUUCAACUAUUGAUGUAUUUGGUCUUAUAACCAAGUGUUUCACGUACAGUAUAUGAUAUGAUUGAUGAGAUUUGGCGUUUUCAUAUAAUAUUGUCUAAAAUUGUAUUUGCACUCAACCAUAUUGAUGAAUACAUGGAUGAAAAACAACAUUAUAGAUGCUGUUAUUAUGUUUGGAGAGCAAAAUAAAGUUGUUCUUGUAAAGCCACUAUUGAUGAUGUAUUGAUAAGUGAUUUACACCAGGAGCGCUGUGCUCUGCAGAUAGAAAGUGUUGGUAGAAAUCUACAGUAAUCCUUCACUUAUUGCAGUUAUUUUGUUCCAGAGCUGACUGUGAGAUGUGUACGACCUUCUCAAUAUGAGUUUUAACAUUAUUAGAACUUUCUUGAAAUGAACUUGAGUCACAUUUACACU